GCGGCACAACGGGUUCCAUUUCAGCCUCGGUCGGAACAGGCACAACUGGAAGCGGCGGGUCCAUUGCACUUGCCGCCGGUGGUUCUGUUAUCGGUGGAACCAUCAGUCUUCUCAGUGGCCAAGCUUCAGGUGGAGCUUCCGGCGCAAUUUCCUUAUCCAGCAAUGCCGCGACUGGCGGAAACACUGGUGCGCUAUCACUGUCGUCCGGCACGUCCACUGGGGGUGUUGGGGGUGGCUUUACUGCCGCAGUUGGUUCUGGUACCGUUGGCACUGGAGGCGGGCUGGCCUUGUCAGCUGGUGGGUCAGUCGUUGGUGGCGCAGUGUCACUGCGCAGCGGAGCGUCCACAGCUGGUGCUUCUGGUGCAAUUACUUUGGCCUCGAGCACUGCUGCAGGUGGUGCUUCCGGUGCUGUUCAAGUUUCCACUGGGGUUUCUACGGGAGGUGGUGGAGGUGGAAUUUCUGGAAGUGUUGGCAGUGGGUCCUGGUGCUUCGACUGCUGGGGCGUCUGGCGCCCUUUCGUUGACAUCAAGCGCUGCUGUUGGCGGAAGUUCCGGGGCUAUUAGCUUAUCGACUGGUGCGUCCACUGGUGGAACCGGAGGUGCCAUCACAGCAUCCGUUGGAAAUGGUGCGACUGGUACGGGAGGCAGCGUGUCUAUUGUAGCCGGACUAGCCCCUGCAGGGGGGACUUUGACUUUGGCAAGUGGGGCGUCCAGUGCCGGCGACUCGGGAGCGACUGCGCUUACCACUGGUGCCUCCGUGGGAGGAAAUUCUGGCGCAAUCACAUUGCUUUCGGGUGGAGCCACAGGUGGCAAUGGAGGCAAAUUGGCAUUUUCAGUUGGGUCAGGUGACACUGGAACUGGCGGAAAAAUGCAGUUGUCAGCCGGGUCGGCUCCGGUCGGCGGUGACGUCCUUUUGGCAUCUGGUCCCUCCAGUGCAGGUGCAUCUGGUCGGGUAGACAUUGCAACAGCGGCGGCAUCAGGUGGCCCCUCUGGAGCAUUAACCCUUGGGACCGGCGUAACGGAUACUGCCACUGGUGGAAAUGUCGCGAUUCAAGUUGGCAGUGGUGUGAGUGGCGUUGGUGGGUCGAUUUCGGUCACCGCAGGCGAAAAUGUUGCUGGUGGUGACAUCACUCUACUUACGGGUCCUUCUUUGGCUGGAGUGUCGGGAACUAUUUCGUUGGUCACAAACACAGCGAUACAAGGGAAUUCUGGGUCUGUGCUAGUAUCCACAGGGCUGGCAAACGAUGGAUCAGGUGGUGCCAUUUCAUUGUCCGUUGGCAACGGUGGUGUCGGUGCCGGCGGAGCCAUUUCAUUCACAAGUGGAAAAGGUGUCAGCGGAGGUGCUACCACCAUCAUCAGUGGCGCCUCUACUGCUGGUGCGUCCGGAAAUGUUGCUCUCAAGUCCAACGACGCUGUGGGCGGUAACUCCGGAACUAUAGCUAUUGCGUCGGGAUUGUCCAACUCGGCCACGGGUGGUGACAUUUCGAUGCUUAUUGGCACUGGCUCCAGUGGAACCGGAGGUGCCAUCACGUUUACAGCUGGGCAAUCUGUGACCGGCGGGUCGAUUCAAUUGACCAGUGGGGCGUCGACUGGCGGUGAUUCUGGUGGUGUUUCUAUUUCUACCAGUAAUUCGGCUGGUGGAAAUUCCGGUGCUCUGUCGCUGACGUCCGGUACUGCAACUGGUGGUCGUGGUGGCAGCUUGACCCUUGCCGUGGGAUCGUCUGUUGCUGGUAUCGGUGGAACCGUCAGUCUCUCUUCCGGGUCAUCAGUCACAGGUGGCGCCAUCACGUUACGCACGGGUGCCUCAACUGCGGGUCAGUCUGGUGCGGUUACGGUAUCUACAAGUUCUUCCGUGGGCAGUGCCUCAGGUACCGUGUCCAUAACGACUGGCGCUGCUACUGUUGGUGGCACUGGCGGCUCGAUUAUUGGUUCAGUUGGAAGUGGCGUGGCGGGUGUUGGUGGCCCUAUUAUGUUGACGGCGGGGUCGAGUACAGUCUCAACCGGAGGCAAAGCGUCGUUAAAUGCUGGACUUGGACUUGCUGGCGGAAACGUCGAGUUGACUGGUGGUGCCGGUGGCAUCAACGCUGGUGGUCAAGUUAUCUUAACGGGAGGUGCAAGUACUACUGCUGUCGGCGGUGGUAUCGCACUAUCCAGCGGUGCUGGUGCGUCCACAUCGACAAGCGGGGCAAUUUCAUUGAGCACUGUUGGAUCUAGUACUUCAGGCACGAUUUCUUUGGCCACGGGGACUGGAAGCGCAGGGCCAGGUGGCAGUAUUAGCCUGUCAGUUGGAGCUGGCGCAGCGUCGGCUGGCGGAAGUGUCUCAAUUAGAGGAGGAACUUCUGUGGCGGGUGGCCCGAUAUCUCUACUGACAGGCUCAUCAACAGCGGGGGCGUCCGGUGCAGUGACGAUUGGCUCUGCUGCGGCUACGGGUGGCAAUUCCGGAAGUAUUUCGUUGUUAACUGGUGCGUCCACGGCGUCUGGUCAAGGCGGAGAUAUCAUCGCAAGUGUCGGAAACAGCGUUGUCGCCACUAGCGGCGGAGUGACGUUCACUGCAGGCAGUACAUCUGCUUCGUUCUCGACUGGCGGACGAGUGUCACUGCUUGGUGGCCAGGGAUCAUCAGGUGGGGGACUGGUCCUCAACGGUGGCAUUGGUCAAACCAAUGUUGGUGGAGCUAUCCAGCUUUCAUCGGGAACUAGUCUGACGUCAACCGGUGGUGAUGUUUUGCUGACAAGUGGUGCUGGUGCGGCAAGCUCGUUCAGUGGCAAAAUUUCUCUGUCAACUACUGCCGCUAGCACAAGUGGAUACAUAAACCUAAACACUGGUGCCAGUUCCACUGGUGCUGGUGGCGCCAUUGUUCUUUCAGUAGGCACUGGAACAGCAGGCACGGGCGGCUCGCUUUCACUCAAGAGUGGCGACAACGUUAUAGGAGGUAUCGUUGCCAUCUCGAGUGGCGCAUCAUCUGCUGGUGCAUCUGGCGACGUCACUGUACUGACUGCUGCAUCAACGGGUGGCAACUCUGGCCAAUUUUCUGUCGCGACGGGUACAUCUACUGGUGGUAAAGGUGGUGGCAUCGCCCUGACCAGUGGGAGUGGCACAGUUGGCGUUGGUGGGGCACUGACUUUCACUGCAGGGAUCAGUUCUGCUUCCACAGGUGGCAAAGUUGGUCUCCGUGGCGGCGCUGGUGUGACAGGUGGCAAUAUUGAAGUUUUGGGUGGAGCCGGAUCUGCAGGCGUUGGUGGGGACAUCGUUCUCACCAGUGGUGUGGGCACCGGACCGGCCAUUAGUGGCGACGUGCACGUUGCUACCGCCGAUGACAGUACGUCCGGCAUGCUGCUGCUUGUAACUGGGGCUGGCUCAAAUGGCGCAGGUGGCAGCAUUCACGCCUCAGUGGGCGUUGGAACGUCUGGAACAGGUGGUUCAAUUAGCCUGUCCAGCGGGAACUCUGUUGUUGGUGGUGAUGUCAGCAUUAUCAGUGGCGCAUCUACUGCGGGGGUAUCGGGGGGGAUUUCUCUUUCAACCAGUACAUCUACUGGCGGCAAUUCCGGCUCUGUUCAACUGACAAGUGGAACCGCUACUGGCGGUAAAGGUGGUAGCUUGAUCGGCGCAGCUGGCGACGGUGACACUGGCAUCGGUGGCGCGAUUACGCUCAAGGCGGGUUUGAGUUCAGCUUCCACCGGUGGUAAAAGUUCAUUGAUCGGUGGCAGUGGCACCAUUGGUGGCGAUGUCGCGUUAAAUGCGGGGGCUGCAACCGCUGGAAUUGGCGGUCAAGUGCUGGUAACGAGUGGUGCUUCGACUACACAGAGCGGUCCCAUUGCCUUGAUGAGUGCUGGAGCGAGUACGACUGGUGGUAUUUCGCUGUCCACUGGGGCCGGCACAGGUGGUGCUGGAGGGUCGAUUUCCCUUGAAGUUGGCAGCGCCAGUACUGGCACGGGCGGGAGUGCCACCAUCGGCAGUGGCUCGGGCGUAAACGGUGGUCCAAUAAGCGUGACCAGUGGGGUUUCUUCUGCUGGCUCAUCGGGGGGGCUAUUUUUUGCUUCUGGGAUAUCCACGGGAGGCAACUCUGGAGCUAUUUCAUUAACGUCAGGAGCAGCCACUGGGGGUACCGGUGGUGGUAUUUCAGGCCUCGUUGGGUCUGGAGCUACUGGAACUGGCGGCGCGAUUACCUUUACUGCUGGUGUUAGCGCUGCAUCCACCGGAGGCAAAAGCUCCAUUCUUGGUGGCAGCGGUACUGUUGGAGGGAAUGUAGAACUCAUGGGCGGAGCCGGAGCCACUACGUUGGGUGGUAACAUCGUCGCAACAAGUGGGGCCGGCGCGGCUUCGUCUACCAGUGGAGGCGUUACGUUAAGCACUGCUGGAAGCAGCACAACCGGAUCCAUUCUCCUACGAUCUGGAGUGGCUACGACGGGUGCUGGGGGCGCUAUUAGCGUGUCGGUUGGAACAGGAGUUGCCGGAACGGGGGGUGCAAUCAACAUUGCCAGCGGAACCAGUGCAAUUGGUGGCUCUGUAGUUGUGUCAAGCGGGGCAUCCACUGCUGGUGUUUCGGGAAGUGUUUUGAUAUCCUCUGCUGCGUCCGUUGGCGGAGCAUCCGGACCCAUUUCACUCACGACAGCAGCAGCCACUGGUGGAACAGGUGGUUCCAUCACCGCAACUGUUGGCAAUGGAGUUUCUGGCAACGGAGGCGCGAUCUCAUUUACAAGCGGAGCAAGUUCUGUAGCAACUGGUGGAAAGUCGUCCCUCGUCGGUGGAGCUGGUACUGUGGGCGGAAAUGUUGAAGUGAUAAGUGGUACCGGUUCAGCCACUGUCGGCGGCGACAUUAUUUUGACCACUGGAGCCGCUGCUAGCAACUCUGUCAGUGGUAACAUUGCCCUCAGCACCCCCAGCUCGUCUUCGACAAGUGGAGGUGCCAUCUCCAUCCGUAGUGGAUCGUCUUCAGGCGCUGUUGGCGGUACUAUUACCGUUUCCGUGGGCGGAGGUACUGCUGGUACAGGUGGAGCCGUCCGAUUGUCCAGUGGUAAUUCUGUGGUCGGUGGUGACAUUUCUGCGACUAGUGGCACAUCGUCGGCCGGCUCGUCAGGAAACGUGGCUGUGUCCUCGGGAGCCUCCACAGGAGGGGACUCAGGUAGCUUGACGCUAACGUCUGGCGCUGCUACUGGUGGCCGUGGUGGCGGAAUCUCUGGAACCGUGGGAAGUGGCGCCACAGGCGUUGGCGGCAGUGUAGCUUUCACGGCUGGCUCGUCUAUUACGGGUGGAGAAGUGACGCUUACAAGUGGAGCAUCCAGUGCUGGCAAAUCUGGUGCGGUUACUUUCCGAUCUAGUGCGUCCACAGGAGGCAGCUCGGGAUCGGUGUCUCUAUUGUCAGGUGACGCGACUGGUGGCGCGGGCGGCGACAUUGUUGCUACGGUUGGCACUGGUGCUACGGGUGUUGGUGGUGCCAUCACGUUUACUGCAGGCGCAUCGUCAGCCUCCACGGGGGGCAAGUCGACAGUACUCGGCGGCAGUGGUUCCAUUGGCGGUGAUGUCGCGCUUACAGGUGGACUUGCCACGUCAAGCACUGGUGGAAAUGUUGUUGUCACGUCUGGUGCCGGUGCAGCUUCGUCGUUUAGUGGUGGCAUCGCUUUGAGCACGAAAGACUCGGCUUCGUCUGGGGCGAUUACGCUUGCCACGGGCGUGGGGACUGGUGGAACUGGUGGGAGUGUUUUAAUUUCUGUUGGAACUGGAUCUACAGGUCAAAGUGGAGCUCUCACCCUCAAUAGUGGUGCUGGAGUGUCCGGUGGAGAUGUGUCCGUUGCUAGUGGUUCAUCAACUGCUGGAACGUCAGGCUCCGUAUCGAUUGUUAGCGCUGCAUCUACCGGUGGUGCGUCUGGCUCGUUGAGUUUGACUACGGGAGCCUCUACAAGCGGAGCCGGAGGCAAUAUUAUCGCAACCGUUGGCACUGGCGUGCCUGCAGCAAGUACUCCUGGUGGCAGAAUUGCGUUAACUGCUGGAACAAGCACGGCAUCCACUGGAGGUAAAAUUCUCUUGACUGGUGGCACUGGAACAUCGGGAGGAAAUCUCGAGCUUGUUGCUGGUGAUACUCCAGCUGGAAGUGUUGGCGGCAAUGUAUUGGUCACUGGUGGUGUUGGUGUCACUGGUGCUGGCGGCAAUGUGGCGCUUUUGAGUGGCGCAAGUUCAACUUUGGGUCAAUCGGGGACCAUUUCGGUCAGCAGUGCUGGCGGAGUCACAUCUGGAACCAUUCAAUUAACCUCUGGAGCUGCGACUAACGGUGCGGGUGGCUCCCUGUCCAUGGUUGUUGGAGCCGGUACUCUUGGAGUGGGCGGAAAUAUUCAAUUGUCUUCGGGUAACUCCGUUUCAGGCGGUGCAGUUCAAAUCGGAAGUGGCAGUUCCUCUGCAGGUUCCUCAGGCAGCGUUGCAUUGUCCUCAGCAGCUGCAGCUGGCGGCAACUCUGGUUCGAUUAAUUUGGCUUCUGGUGCUUCAACAGGUGGUACUGGUGGAAGCUUUGUCGCUGCAGUGGGCAAUGGCGACACUGGAAAUGGCGGUUCGAUCACCCUUACAGCAGGACAGAGUUCAGCCGCUGUCGGAGGCAAAGUGGCAUUGAAUGGCGGAGCUGGCACAACCGGUGGAAACGUUGAAGUUACUGGUGGCUCCAGCGCAGCCGGGAAUGGUGGUGAUGUCGUCAUCAAGAGUGGUGUCGGGGCGACUGCAGCCCUAAGCGGAGGAAUUUCUCUCAGUACUCAGAAUGACGCAACCUCUGGUGCCUUGUCGUUGAAAACUGGCACUGGAUCGGCAGGACCAGGUGGCGCCAUCUCCUUGUCGGUUGGCAGUGGCACCACGGGAGCUGGCGGUGCGAUUAAUGUCAACAGCGGUGUUGGCGUAAGUGGUGGUGCAGUCGCGAUUGCAAGUGGUGUUGCCACUGCUGGCGUCUCGGGUUCCGUUUCCAUUGCAUCGAGUGCUGCAACGGGCGGUAGCAGUGGAGCUGUAGCUAUUGCUUCAGGUGCUUCUACUGGUGGAGGCACUGGAGGUGCGAUUUCAAUCGCCGUGGGGAAUGGUGUCCUUGGAAAUGGCGGCGCGAUGACACUCACAGCUGGUGCUAGCACUGUCGCCACUGGAGGAAAAUCGUCAAUCAAUGGUGGCGGAGGUACCGUGGGCGGAAAUGUCGAAUUAACAGCCGGAGCUGGAGCCUCGGGUGCUGGUGGAAACAUCCUCAUGUCAAGUGGCGCCGGUGCGACUUCGACUACAAGUGGAUCAAUCACCUUGUCGUCAUCAUCUGGCAGCACCUCGGGUGCAAUUGCUGUCAGCACUGGCGCUGGUACUGGGGGUGCAGGUGGGAGCAUUUCGCUUUCCGUUGGCAGUGGCAGCGCUGGCACCGGUGGCAGUGUGAGUGUCGCAAGUGGCGCCGACGUUGUAGGUGGGGCCCUUGCACUGACCAGUGGAGCAUCAACUGCCGGAUUAUCUGGAGCACUUACGAUGCUGUCGGGAGCCUCCGUGGGGGGCAACUCGGGAGCGUUGACCAUUGCAACAGGAAGCGCCACAGGUGGAACGGGCGGUAAUGUUGCGGUUUCCGUUGGUGCUGGCGUCCUUGGAGCUGGUGGAACACUCACGCUGACGUCUGGCUCCAGCACUGUGGCUGUAGGUGGAGCUAGCGCCUUAAAUGGCGGUGCGGGGACAGCUGGAGGCAAUGUUCAAGUCACGGCUGGAGCAGGUUCAAGCGGUGCUGGCGGCUCGAUUGUUCUUAAGAGCGGCGAUGGCAGUGCUUCCAGUGGAGGUAUUGUGCUGUCCAGCAGCAACAUGGGCACUUCAACAGGAUCCAUUGCUCUCACUACUGGUGCAUCUGCUGGUGCCGUUGGUGGGAUAUCUGCGUCUGCUGGGUCAUCUUCAGGUGCCGACGGUACGGCUGUCAGUCUCACCGGAGGGGCAUCUUCAAAAUCAGGUGGGACCGGUGGCAAAGUUUCUAUCACCGGUGGUGCCGCUGCUGUUGGCGGAAAUGUUGAGCUGGUUGGUGGAACUGGUGGCACAACCAUUGGGGGCCAAAUUACCCUCAAGAGUGGUGCUGGUGCUUCGUCGUCGCUGAGUGGAGGGUUGACGCUCUCGACAGUUGCUGGCGACGCUACAAGUGGAUCUAUUUUGCUUCAGACUGGUUCAUCGACGUUGGGCGUCGGUGGCAAUGUUGUGCUGUCUGGUGGCGCCAGUACGGUUGGCGCUGGGAGUGCAAUCUUGUUAACCGCGGGCUCGAGUGCCAAUGCUGUUGGUGGCAAUGUCGAAUUGACAGCAGCCCAAGGCACAGAAGGUGGACGAAUCUCUCUGCUUGGCGGCGUUGGAACUCAAACUAGCGGUGGGCGCCUCGUGCUCACCAGUGGUGCAGGGGUGGACACAACUAAACCAAGUGGAAACAUUGAUAUCUCAAGCCCUUCUGGCAGCGUAAGCGGCACCAUCGCGCUUGCAUCUGGCACAGCGACUGCAGGCGCUUCUGGUUCUAUCCGAGCCUCCGUGGGUACAAGCAGUGCGACAGGUGGUGAUGUAGCCAUUUUUGGUGGCAAUGGCGUAACUGGCGGAAACGUCCUUCUAUCCAGUGGAUCUUCAAGUGCAGGUACAUCAGGCAGUCUGACGCUGUCUUCCAACACAGCCUCUGGUGGCAGUUCUGGUCAGGUUAUCUUAUCCACUGGAGCUAGCACGGGUGGCACUGGUGGCAACAUUGUUGUAACAGUUGGGAAUGGUGCUACAGGUUCUGGAGGAAGUAUCGCCCUCACAGCUGGCACCAGCUCUGCGUCAACGGGGGGCAAAGUGUCCCUUGUGGGUGGUGUGGGAACCGUCGGUGGCAACUUGGAAUUCACUUCUGGCACUGGUUCAUCAACCAAUGGAGGUGACGUACUAUUGAAAAGUGGCGUCGGUGCCGCGACGUCUGCGCUGUAUCUGGCGCCAUUGUAUUGCGAACGGGAGCUGCGUCAAGUGGCGCUGGGGGAAGCGUUUCCAUAUCUGUGGGCAGUGGUAGUGCUGGUUCUGGAGGUUCAAUCACUGCGACCAGUGGUGUGGGUGUCGCUGGAGGCUCCGUGUCGGUGCUUAGUGGUGCGUCCACAGCUGGAACUUCAGGCAGCGUUGCCUUGGGAUCGAGCGCAGCCACUGGCGGAGCAUCUGGAACCACAGUCGGAAACGGAGUCGCUGGAAAUGGUGGCGCCCUUACCUUUACUGCCGGUGCGAGCUCAGUUGGAACGGGUGGUAUCAGUUCCGUUAGCGGGGGUGCCGGAACAGCUGGUGGCUCGAGUACCGUUGGUGGGGGGGUGUCAAUCAUCAGUGGGAAUGGUGCCCAAUCUGGUACCGCUAGUGGUGGUGGCGGUGGUGCCAUCCAAGUCGCAGUCGCUGGUGGAAGUACUGGUGCAUCUACCGCUGGUGCGUCGGGUGCGGCUGGGAUUCAAUCAAGCUCAUCAACUGGUGGAAAUUCUGCUUCUGUUUCUGGCGGUGUUGGUACUGCAGGUGGCGACGUCCGACUAUUUGGCGGUGCUGGAACCGGUGGAAUUAGUGGACCAAUUUCUCUUUCAACUGGUGCGUCUACUGCUGCGUCCGGGGGUGCUAUUUCAGUGUCGGUUGGAAGUACAACAACCGGAACCGGCGGUACCUGCGGGGGCAUCAGGGGUUGCUGCGAUAACCACUGCAGCCUCAGCUGGUGGAAACUCUGGGUCCAUUGGCUUUGUGACAGGAGUUGCAGCUGGUGGCACGGGUGGAGCUAUCACUGGAUCCGUAGGCAAUGGCGCUGUGGGUGUUGGUGGUGGUGUAAUCUUCACUGCGGGUGCUAGCAGUGCAUCAACUGGUGGGAAAUCGUCCAUUGUUGGGGGUGCUGGUACUAUCGGUGGAAAUGUCGAACUCACCGCCGGUGCUGGAUCAACAACCUUGGGUGGAUCUGUAUUGCUCUCAAGUGGAAGCGGUGCAUCGGCUUCUUCCAGCGGAGGGGUAACCAUUGCUACACCAAUUGGAGGUGCCACGGGAGCACUGCAACUGUCAACGGGCGCUGCCUCUGCAGGUUCUGGCGGGGCGAUAUCGAUUGCGGUUGGUUCAGGAACGACUGGAGCCGGGGGCAGCUUGACUUUGUCCAGCGGGAAUGGAGUUUCAGGUGGUGCGGUGACUGUUUCAAGUGGAACUUCGUCUGCAGGAGUGUCUGCUACUGGGGGCACUGGUGGCAAUAUUGUUGUCACUGCGGGUAGCGGUGCUGUUGCUACCGGUGGUUCGAUCGCACUGACUGGGGGCAUGAGUUCAGCAGCUACGGGUGGCAAAACAUCCAUUUCUGGAGGCAGUGGUACGCGAGGGGGCAACAUUGAGCUCACGGGUGGUGCCGGUACCGCGGGCGUUGGGGGCGAUGUACUGCUUACAAGUGGUGUUGGCACCGGUCCUGCAACUAGUGGAGCGAUCAAGUUGGUCACUAGUGACGAUGGCGCAACUGGGUCCAUCUUACUUGCCACUGGCGCGGCAGCGACUGGCACGAGUGGCAACAUUCGCCUGAGUGUUAAUGCUGGAACUGCGGGUACCGGUGGGGAUAUCAGUCUGUCAAGCGGAAACAACGUUGUCGGUGGCGCUUUAAGCUUGCAGAGUGGCUCGUCGACCGCUGGCUCAUCUG